UUUGUUGUAACGAGCGUGGUUGCAUAGCUUUAGCGACUCUGCAACUUUUGAUGGCUUCCAGCUCGGGAGAAACGACCAGUAAAAUUGGGCCAACGCAAUAUAGCUAUGAAGAACUAGCAAAUGCAACUGGUCAUUUCUCCAAUAACUUUCUUGGCGAGGGCGGUUAUGGUCAAGUCUUUUGGGGAUCAUUAGAUGGCAAAAUCCGUGCUAUUAAGAAACUUAGAUGUCUUCCGGAUGAUGAAAAGAUGAAACAAAAAAUGAAGCUGGAGAUUAAGAUCGCUAACAGAGUACGACAUCCAAAUGUUGCUCACCUAGUUGGCUACUGCAUUGAAGCAAACAAUGCAUUGCUCGUUUUAGAGUAUUUUCAAAAAAAGUCCUUGAAAUAUAAUUUACAUGAAGAGUUUUUGGACUGGCAAAAAAGAAUGCAAAUUGCCAAAGGCGUAGCAAAAGGUUUGGAAUAUUUGCAUGAAUCUUGUGAUCCGAGAAUCAUACAUUUAGAUAUCAAACCAGAUAACAUUCUUAUGGAUAACAACUUCAAACCAAAGAUUACAGAUUUUGGACUUGCCUUAUAUUUCCCAGAUAAUGUUACUCACCUUUCCAAAUCGAACAAUGAGGGAACUAAAGUUUACAUGGAUCCUGAGCAACCAAAAAAAUUUUCUGAUAAGUCAGAUAUUUAUUCUUUUGGUGUGGUGCUUCUUGAGCUAAUCACUGGUAGAGAACCUAUAUAUGAAGGCAUUAAUAUCGUUGAUUGGGCAAGGGAUCAAAUUACACAAGCUGCGGACGGACAAUAUACAACUUUUAUUGAUUCCAAAUUACAAAGUUAUAAUGAAGAAGAGAUGCAAAGGAUGAUAUCUUGUGCUGCACACUGUGUUUAUAAAUCUUCAAAGUAUCGUCCGAGAAUGAAAGAGAUAGUUCUAGCUCUCGAAGGAUAUAUUCCUCCUAACUCUAUUGACAACCUCCUCCAGCCUAUGGUGCAAAAGCUUCCUAUCAUUUCAGAAAUUGAUGAUGACGACACUGUGGGGCUUCAAGUUUGUAAGCCAAGGAUAUUUACUUAUCAACAACUUGAACGGGCAACUCAAGAGAAAAUGGCCAAAGAGGGACAAGUGAUUGCCUGCCACACCGUACAGGAUUGGACCGAGCAGCUCGAGAAGGCACAGAAGAGCAAGCAACUGAUCGUGGUGGAUUUUAGUGCUUCCAGGUGCCCGCCUUCUGUUUUCAUGAGUCCAAUUCUGGCAGAGUUGGCCAAGAAUAUGCCCAAUGUCACAUUCUUGAUGGUGGAUGUGGAUGAAUUGAGGUCCGUUGCCUUUGAUUGGGCAGUUGAGGCAUUGCCAACUUUUUUGUUAUUGAAAGAAGGAAAAAUAGUUGGCAAGGUUGUGGGUGCCAACAAAGAGCAACUGCAGCUGACCAUUGCAAGGCAUGUCCACAACCAAUUCCUACAAAGUACUAAUGCAAAAACAGAGAAAAUGGCCGAAGAGGGACAAGUGACUGCCUGCCACACCGUACAGGCUUGGACCGAGCAGCUUGAGAAGGCACAGAAGAGCAAGCAACUGACCGUGGUGGAUUUUACUGCUUCCUGGUGCCCGCCUUCUGUUUUCAUGAGUCCAAUUCUGGCAGAGUUGGCCAAGAAUAUGCCCAAUGUCACAUUCUUGAUGGUGGAUGUGGAUGAAUUGAGGUCUGUUGCCUUUGAUUGGGCAGUUGAGCUAUUGCCAACUUUUUUGCUCUUGAAAGAAGGAAAAAUAGUUGGCAAGGUUGUGGGUGCCAACAAAGAGCAACUGCAGCUGACCAUUGCAAGGCAUGUCCACAACCUCCAACCUACGGUGUCCAAGUCUGCUAUCAUUCCAGAAACCAACAAUGUCAUUAUGCCAGGGCAAUUUCCCAAUCAACAAUGGGCAACCGCAACUAAUCAUGGUUUCUCCAACAACGGCAUUUGGACGUCUCAAGUUCACAACCCGCAUAUGUUUUCUUAUCCCACAACGGCAACUAAUAAUGGUUUCCCCGUUAACAUGCCAGGAACUCUGUAUACUAGCAUUAAGUGGUCUCAAAGUGGCACUCCGAACGAGUUCACUUAUGAAACAAUUUAUCAUUAUAAUUAUCCUUAUUAAGUAAGAUUAUUUAAGUGUAGUUAUUAAGUGGAUGAACAAGAGAAUGGUUUCGCCUCUGAGUUUUCAGUAUGAAUUUAAU